UCUGCAGCUGCAAGCUGGGGAAGAUGCUGCGCGCAGUGUGGUGGUGGCUGUGCCUCGGCCUGUGUGGCCUCCUCGUGGGGCGGGCGAAGGCCCCGAGCCCGGUGGAGCCGCUGGAGCAGAGCCGGCCGUACGCGGUGCUGCGGGGGCAGAACCUGGUGUUGAUGGGAACCAUUUUCAGCAUCCUGCUGGUGACCAUGAUCCUUAUGGCAUUUUGUGUCUACAAACCCAUUCGGCGUCGAUGACAGCUGAGCAAGCGCUUCCAGGAGUGUUUGGGAACAGAAGAAGUUGUGUUGCACACGGGUCAGUGGAGAAGUUGGAAUCCGAACUUCAUGCUUGGAAAUGACCUUUGGUCUGGACAAUUGGUAAAUGCUGACUUAGGAAAAACAUGUAGCAGUUUUUUUGUAACACUGUAAUGCAAAUAACUGGCCACUGAGUCUGCUUCUAGUAUUUCCUUUUACAUGUGGCUACACUUGUUAAAAGUAAGACCUAAAGCUCAGCGUAAAGUUCUGUGUGAAAAUGGAGUGCUCAUGGGAAAGGAAACACGGUAACCUUGCGAGUGAUUGGAAGGACUAAUCAUUAAUGUCUGAAAAGAUUAAGAAGACUUAACGUGUAGACAGACAUUCAGUACUUAAGAACCACUUGGUGACAAUAGGUUAAGAAUCACAAACGUUUGUAAUUGCAGAGUUGGCUUAGAGUACUCUGGUUGCAAAGCAGUGUCCCCUGUGGGGAGCUUGGGCCGUCAUUCCUCAUGCAGCAUCGGCUCUGCACCCCCCUGAAGUCAGGGUCACAGCAGGUAGGCUAUGAUCAUGUGUACGCUUGGGCUGGCAGGCUCUGGGGUUGGACUGAAAAUGUUUCUAGGUGACCCAUCUGAAAAAGAACUACCUGCUCAAACGUGCGGAUCUCCCUGGUACUGCACUGACGUCUUCCCAGCCCUUGGCCUGAAGCUUGUGGCAGCUUUUCAGAUUUGGAAUCUGAGAGACUUAGCAGGAACUCUCUUUUCGGCCCUGGGUGGGAAGGCCUCCCUCACUGUACUAGGCAGACUGGCGAGUGGGUAUGUGUUUACACACAUUCCAGCUUUGGAAAUGCUGCUGCUUGUUUGCACUGUUGGUGAACUGGACUUCCCCCUAUUGAAGUGAUACUUUUGUACUUACAAUGUGGUCAUCCCUCAGUAUUUAUUUUAUUUUAAAGGUGCUAAGUUGAAUUGUGUUGUUAAAUUGAAAUGCGUAUCUUGUGCUCCUAAUUUUUUCUUAAAACCCGCACUUAAUGUGAAAUAACUGAUGUGGGAUCCUGUAACUCUUUGACUUAAGGAUUUUUGUUUGUAACCUUAACAAUGAGGCAUUCAAAUGUUAACUGUUCUGUGCUUUUCAGCAAAUGUCAAUUAAAAUUAAAGUAAAAUCUUAC